AUGAGCGCCUGGGAUCAAUAUUUUGCGCGUCAGCAGGGUGGCUUUCCCAUCGCCGCUGGGCUCCGCAACCAGCUCCACGAUCUGGCAGGAACGGCGUUUGUCUCCAAGGAUUCAGAGACGCAGUUUGACGUACUUGACAUUGAUGACAACGGCAACAAAUUCCACGCGAGUGAGGUCAGAGUAGAAGAUGACCUCAACCGCGUCCUCGAAGCAACGCCCACUGCAGGCAUACGCAUCAUAACUAUCAAUCCCCUCCGCAUUACCUCGCCAUUGGCCGCCAGGCUGUUCGACAAGUAUCAAGUGCGCGCCGAGUUUCUACGAGUGCUCCUGUCCUUCGGCGAUGAGCCUCACCUAUCUGAGGCCGGCAGCGCCAACAGCAUCUUUCUACCGCAGGGCAACGACGCAUACACACUGCUUUACAAGCUCAACUUUGUGGAGCGGAACGAGCGGCCCGGCCCCGAUAAAUGGUCCUUCCGGCACGUCGGCGUCUACCACCAGCGCACGCCUGGCUUCGACCUCUUCAUACUGUUGCACUGCCAGCCAGCGAGCGAGCUGGCGGAGACGGUCCAGGAUAUCAUUGAGGAGGAAGACGGAGGCUCGGAUGAACUCGACGACGAGAAGUCGCCGCCUAUGGGCGCCUUCAGGCAACACCUUUGCUCGCAGCCGGCAACACUGCACCAGUACAUCCUGUCAUGUUACCUCGACAACUGGCGGGCAUACCUGCGCCAUCUAGGCAGCGGAUUCUCCAGAAUACUCGACAUGGCCAUGGUGCCCCACGCCAAGAUGGACCACGACGUUCCCAAGGUGACUUUCGAGAGUGUGCGCGAACUGAGGAACACCAAUGACUUUGCCCUCUUCGCCAGUGCCUGCUGCCAGAGCAACCUCGAGGUCACGGGCUGCAUCCUCUAUUCUGGGAGGUUCCCCGAGGCGCAGGCCGCAGAGUUCCGUUCCAUGGAGACUGUGCUUCGCGGUUACAUCGAGAGCUCUGCCGUACUUCGCCAGAGGGUAGACAACACGGUCGAGCUGGCAUCAUAUACGCUAUCGCUGCAUAACCAGAAGGAGCUACAGCUCCUCACUCACGAGAUGAAAACUCACAUCAAAAACACGGGCGAUGUGACGCUCAAGCUUAAGGAGUUAACGGAGAACACGGUAGACGACAGUGCCAUCGUGCGCAUCAUCACCAUCAUUUCUGCCAUUUACCUUCCCGGCAGCUUCGUCGGCUCAUUAUUCGGAAGUAACUACUUCUCCUUCAACGAGAAGACUCGCAAGAUUGCUGUCGCCAGAGACUUUUGGGUUUUCGUCCUUAUCUGGCUCCUCCUCACUGUCGUCACAGUGGCGGCUUACGUCUACACAUACAUGAAGAAGAAGAAGAAGAAGAACGGAGACAGGACACUCAAAGAGAUCGUCCGUGACGUCGAGAAGGACUCCGACAACUACAACACGCCUCCUCCUCCUCCUUUUCCCAGGCGAUUGGCCACAGAGGGUAGGACGCCCUUUUUACCACCCCGUCGCUUCCUGACACCCCGCAAGCGCGGAUAA